CUAACACACCCACUGCAGAGUGCUGACUCAGAGGAGGACAACAGUUAAUAAUUAUGGAAGGAUGCAUUUUCCACCACAAGCGCUGGAGAGGGCAAACUCAGGGACUGUUGAACAGCUUCAGAGGGAAAUGUCUCUCUGCACAACAUGUAAAAUUCUUUCCAAAGGCUGUUUGUAUCUGCAAGGAGACAGCUCUUCCUCCAAUCAAGACUACUGCCGAGUUGACUGCUCUAGGGAAGUGGAUCAAGGACGUUUCCUUGGACACAAUGUUGGCUACUGCUCAUCCUUUGUUAGUGAGCAUGUUCAAAGAGGCGGAGUCUAACACAUCACCGUUCCGUGACUCGCUCAUAAGAGCUAGGUCCAUUGUUAAGGCAGCAUCAGAAGGUGACUACUCGGCCUUGACCCCUCCGCCCAAUCCCAAUGAAACUCUGCCAAAUCCCCCACCCCCCAGCAUGACAUUCGAGCUACCCAUCACGUACACGCACCUCGGGGUUUAUUUUGGUACCUCUGGUUCGAAUAUGAAACAGUUAUGCAAGGAGCAUGAUGUCAAAGUUCAUCUGGGGCCAAUCAAAGCUGGUAAUGACAACCAGUACAGUCACAUGACUGGAGGGAGAAACCGGUGUAGUCACCUGACUGGCGAGAAGUUUGAGGUGACCAUUACUGGAGGAGGUGUGAGAGAGAGGAAUGAUUUCUUGGCUGUGCAGAAAGAGAUGUUACUCAGAGCACAGCUUGUCUGUGGAAAAAGGGAGAAGCACAGAGAGCAUAUAGACGCUUGGAGAAAACAAAGAUGCAAUUACUCUACAGCGUUGCCGAGGGUGAAUGUAUCAUCAGCCAAGGAGGCAGCUGCUGAGCACUUUGAGAAGAAGAAACACCACAGGAAGCAAAAAGGCUCCCCUGAGAAAAAGGCUUCGAUACUGAGUGAUAGCCGCUGUCUCCACUGUCUGGGAGAGUACCAACCUGGUCGGACGGAGGAGGGGGCGUGUUCCUGUCACCCGGGAUUCCUAGUUCCUCUGGCUUCCCCUACUCUUGAGGGAUAUAGAACAAAAUGGAGUUGCUGCCAGCUGCUUUCAAUGGAGCAGCACCCCACACACAAGGCUCAUGCUGCAACAGGAUGCAGCAGUGCUAGACAUUUGUGGAGACCAGGGAAGACAGGAAAGAAUGGAAACAAGACCAUUGUCAAAGAACCAGACUUCAGUGUACACUAGUCUUAAAACUGCAUGACUCGUACGAAAUACAGUUGCUUACAUAAUGUUUUUAUAUACUGCUAUAGCUAACCGCCUACCAGUUACAUAUCAUGCAGGUCAAGCUAGUUUAAGUAAACCGUCAAAUUAAUGUCCAUAUGUGUGUAUGCAUGGUUUCAAUUUAAAGUUUUUGUUGGUGGAAAUAUUCACUUCCUGUACACAUGUAUAUUGUAAUCCAUGUAUGAGUUUUAUCAUCUUCCUCCAAGAAAA